AUCUUAUUUCAGAAAAGUACGUUUUUAAUUGCAUUGCAUUCAAUAAACCGAACAGUUCCGCGCUGUAAUAGUAAGUUGUCGACCAACAAGACAUUUUGAUUUUUAGUUUAUUUGGAAUUAAAUGUGUUAUGUAAACAUAAAGUUCAAACAAUAGCAGUUUUCCCAAACGAAUUCCUUUGCCAGAAGAGUUUGUGCGUUUUAUGUGUCACCGAAAAUACAAAGUUGGUGUAGAAGUAUAUAGCCCACCCAGUCAUUAAUAAUACUCAAGAUACUAUAAUUUGAUCCAAAUCUUAAUAAAUGCAUAAGCUUAAUAUACGAUCUCAAGUCACCAUUCGAGGCUCAGUUGUACAUAUUUGUAUGAAGGACUGUACCGUUUGCUAGUUCAUGUUGAAGAACCUGCCUGUUUGUAGGAUGGGGCCUACACAAUAAAUAAAUAAAACUAAGUAUUGCUGUUAGUCUCAUCAGCCUCAUCCCUACCUUCUUGUGAUGCAAUGUAUUCGUUUUGUUAUUUUCCUUUAAUUCUGCCUGUACACUUGAUUGAGCAUGCUUCUUCCCCUUGUGUGUUGUUUUCCAUUUGUGUUUUUGUUCAUUCUCAGUUAAAGACAUAGGCACAUCGACAGCUGCUCUUCCAUUAUGAAGUCCUCCAUGCAAGGGUCAGGAGCAAGCUUUAGACUUACUAAAAGUCUUACAGAAAUUGCCAGUGAACUUGGAGGUUUUGACAAAGACAAGGAUUGGUAUGACUGUUAAUGCCCUCCGAAAGUCUAGUACAGAUGAGGAAGUGAUAAGUCUUUCAAAGACUUUGAUAAAAAACUGGAAGAAGUUUCUUUCAGGAUCCAGUACACCAAACAGUAAAGAUUCGGGAAACAGUUCCAAAAAGACAAAAGAGAAAGAUGAGAAACCUAAGGAGACUGAAAACAAGGAAAAAGAAAAGGAGAAGAAGCCUGUUCCAACGACAUUCCCUCCUGUGUCUUCAAAUACAACUGAUGCAGUUCGUCUAAAGUGUCGGGAAUUGCUCGCUGUGGCAAUUAGAGGGGAUGGUGAAAUACCUGAGGGGUGUGCAACUCCAGAAGAACUCGCCGAGGAACUAGAAGAAGCAGUCUUUCACGAGUUUCGCAACACUGAUAUGCGAUAUAAAAACAGAAUACGUAGCAGGGUUGCAAAUCUAAAAGAUGUAAAAAAUCCUGGCCUCAGGAUGAAUUUCCUUGUGGGGGUCAUAUCUGCCAAUAAAUUAGCUGUAAUGACAGCAGAGGAAAUGGCAAGUGAUGAGAUGAAGAGCUUAAGGAACAAGUUCUUGAAGGAGUCUAUCAAUGAUGCCCAGCUGGCUACUGUCCAGGGAACAAAGACAGACUUGUUGAAAUGUGGCAAGUGCAAGAAAAGGAAUUGUACAUAUAACCAGGUUCAGACAAGGAGUGCUGAUGAACCUAUGACAACAUUUGUGAUGUGUAAUGAAUGUGGAAACAGGUGGAAAUUUUGUUAAAAGAUCUCCCACAGUAAAACUACUUGAAAUGUUCGCAUGUUAAUUGCCCACAAAUGUUAGAGACCUAUAACUUGAAGCUAAAAUGUGUGUUCAUUAUCCUUCAGUAUGUUAAUGUCUCCAUUUUAUUGCUUACAUGAUAAGACUUAAACAGUGUAAGAUGAUUGUACAAAUUUAACUUCAUUUGGGGGUUGUGUGGUGCUAGAUUCACAUGACACGUUCAUGAUACUGAUCAAAACUGUCCAGAAUCAAUAUAAAUUAUAAACAAAUAUUCCACCAGUGAUUGAUAUUCACUUGUCAUCAGGUCGUACAUCUGUUGCAUAAAUGUUUCACAGUGGUGUGUAAGCUAUCGGAAGCAUUCUAUAAACUUGUAAUUGUGUAAAAAAGAAUUCCAAAUAUGAUAUAUGUUUGCAGCAUCAGGUUGCUUUUUGUUUUCAUAAGUCGUCGUAUAAGUAAUGCAGUGGUGAGAUUGGGUAGCUUCAUAAACAAUUCUGCACUCGUUUAAAUGUAUCAAGAAUGUGAUUCUUGUAGACCAAGACACUUUAGGGUUAAUGAAUACUGAUGACAUGCAGUAAGACAGGUUUACUGUACACUUUCACAUUUAUUAUUUGCUUUUCCGAUUUUUUGUUUUGUUUUUGAUGUUUGGUGGUAACUUAAUAAUCUUCCAUUUCAUUUCUCCACCCUCCUUCCUCUCUCCCACCCUUCCUCGCUCGCUCCCUCCCUCCCUCCCUCCCCAUUCAGCAUUAUUCUUCUUGAAAAGUAAAAGGAAAAUUCUGGGAAUUUAUGCUUCUACUUUUCCAUUCAAACAGUUGUUCUCAUUUCUGUAGCUGGUAUUUCUAUACCAGGUAGAGCUUUGUCUAUAAUCUUUUGUGUGUGUUUUGAGUGAAUAUUAAUGUUAUAAAGUCAUUACAUUUAUUGUAGUAACAAUAAAUUAAGAUAAAUCUGUUGAAAUUGGAGAUCCUUGGAGGUCUUGGUGCUACAGUAGGUGUGCACCAGUUUGUGGUCUUGGAUACAUUUUGAUCAGAAAUCAUGCUUUUGAUGUAAAUACAGAUGUUGCUUUUUUGUGUACUCAUUGAUGACAAUUAUGUUUUAAUAAAAAUUUUUACAUACAUUGUUUUAAUCCCAA